UCUGUCCUUCUCAAAAAGAAGCAAAUGUUUAAAAAAACUUUUUUAAUAGUAAUAAUUUUUAGAAAAAGACAAACUGAGAAACAAUAGCCAGGAAAGGUCUCGAGUACCAAAGAACAAAGCAACGAGAACUUUGAAGUAAAACAACCAACCCUCAAGAAAGUGAGGAAAGAGUUGACAUCCGUUUUCAAAGGUGGUAAAAGCACGUAACUUGUGUAAACCAGAGGAAAUCGAGUGAGGAUGUGAUUACGCAAAGAAUACUAAGAAGUCACACUGCGUCCAUUGGAAGCGGUAAAAAGCAGAACCGAGGCAGUUCUGCAGCUGGUAGGAUGUGGCAGGUCCGCAGGCCACACCGCUCCCGUUGUCACAGCGAGCGGACCCGAGAAGAAAACCCUCAUUUGUAAGAGACGGGGGCAUUGUGGAAGGAGUGAGGGCCGGAUGAGCAAAAUUUCAAGGAGGAAAGAGCCCCUGCAACGCGAACUGAUGAUGGCGGUUGCUUUCUUCCUUGGGAUCUUGGUUGAUGGGGGCAUCUCUGAGGCUCAGCAGUGCCCUGAACAGAGAGACUGUACCGGGGAAGAGAGGAACAGCAGUUUCUGUUUAGAGUUGGCUCCUUAGCCCAGAGUGACCUGCCGUCAUACUGCCUGUCCCGGAGCCGCUCUCUGGAACCAGGGAUGUGAGGAGCUGGCGCCGCGCAGGUGUUCGUCUCGCUGUGUGCGCACAAGCUGUCCGGACCCCCUGGGGCUUGUCAUCUCCUUGCCGCGUGAGUCUGUGGAAGUGGGGUGGUCUGUGGCCCAUGUGGCUGCAGCGGUGGCCCUCGUGGCCCUGUUCACCACCACACUGUGCUCUGGGACUUGCUUGACCACAUGCUCAAAUUGGCACUUAAUGUGGGGCUAAGGUCCCUGUCUCGCUCUAGACAAGAGUCAGGGCUGCGUGGACUGUCAGGUCAGGUAUGGGAGAGGAACUAUGGCGGACCUAGUGUCCACUCCGUGCUGAGGUAUUUGGUGACGCCAGAGACAAGUGGUCUUUGACCAUCAUUCCUGAUCCCAGAUGGGCUCCACUGGUGUUUAGAGUUCGAAACCAGAGAGAGUUUCUUGCAGAGCUGAAGAAAGCACAUGGUGGUUCUUGCUCAGCCUCUUACCGUGGCCACAGAUGGAACGCGACCUGGCGAUCAAGGGCGGUCACUCGGAAAUGUGCCAAGAUCCACUCUUAGAAUGAAUGAGAAAGGAUGGAAAUUAGAGAUUUGGGUAAAGUCCGCUGAAACCACAGAGGCAUGGCUCGUCUGACUAGCAGGUGAGGUCCUAUGCGAGUUCCACAGGCUAACAAGGAAUGGAAGUCAUUUGGGUGCUUAACAAAUGACCUCCAUGCUCCAAGCCACCCUGCCACAACCGCUCAGCCCAACGCCCUGGAUGUGGAGAAGGAAAAUAUAAAGGUAAAUUAGGGCUGGUGCAGUGGGUCUUUACAGCCAUCAUGAGACGGUGGCCUAUUCAAGAUGAAUUCCUGUCACCCGAGAAGCACCCUCGGAAAGUGUGGGGAGAGGCUGCCCCUUCCUUUUAGUGCACUGUACCCUUGGUCUGGAUUCAUAAUGGAAAUCGUGAGUGGCCAGAUAACAAAAAAGUCACCCAAAGUCAGACUGAACAUUGGUGUGACUCCCACCAGGCUACAGGAGAAAUGGAGUCUUCUCUUCUCUCUGGAGACGUCUCCAUGAAACCGGUUCGCUAACGUGCAACCUUUUUUCCAGAACGGAAGCCUUGGCAAAAGCCAAGAUGAUGAAUCUUAGGCCAAGGUAGGGUAGGGAAGGGCCGGCCAUUCGGACUCGGCUGUUGUGCCAGGAGGUCCCAAAAGAGGAAGGUGAUAAUCUUCCCAGGACAAAAAAUUCUCUCUCACUGUUAGGCCCUGGGAUGGCCUUGGGACUUAAAGAUUUGGGCCAUCACUGAAGCGGCUUUGGUGUUUCCCGUAGGCAGACAGGAGGAACACUGAGAAAGUCCCGACCUCCCCACUGAGGUUUUGGCUGUUUGGACUGCAGUUUGACCCUACACAUUCAGCACUAUUCCUGACCCCCAUCACAGACAAACUGGACCAGGUUGGAGGCUAAGGUCCUUUCAGGCGCAGGGGAGACCAGAGGCCCUAUGCAGUGGUCGAGCUCCACCCACUUGGCCUAGACCCAGCCUCCCAGGGCUAAAAAUACUGCCCGGAGGCUUCUGUGCGGAAUCUGCUCGCGCUAAGUAGGGCAGACGGCGAAGAGGCGACAGAGCUCCUCGGCCCCAGGGCGGGAGCAAGUCUCCGGAGCGGCGGUUCCGCCCACGCUUGGCCCAGCGGCUCGCGGCCUCCUCCCGCCCAGCAGGUGUGUGUGGAGGCCAGUAUGAAGCUGAAAAAGCAGGUGACAGUGUGUGGGGCUGCUGUCUUCUGUGUGGCCGUCUUCUCGCUUUACCUCAUGCUGGACCGAGUGCAGCAUGAUCCCACCCGUCACCAGAAUGGUGGGAACUUCCCCCGGAGCCAAAUUUCUGUGCUGCAGAACCGCAUCGAGCAGCUGGAGCAGCUGUUGGAGGAGAACCAUGAGAUCAUCAGCCACAUCAAGGACUCGGUGCUGGAGCUGACGGCCAAUGCGGAGGGCCCGCCCGCCAUGGUGCCCUACUACACGGCCAAUGGCUCCUGGGUGGUGCCACCGGAGCCCCGGCCCAGCUUCUUCUCCGUCUCCCCUCAAGACUGCCAGUUUGCUCUGGGGGGCCGGGGCCAGAAGCCAGAGCUGCAGAUGCUGACCAUAUCAGAGGAGUUGCCGUUUGACAACGUGGAUGGCGGCGUGUGGAAGCAAGGCUUCGACAUCUCCUACAGCCCUCAUGACUGGGACGCCGAAGACUUGCAGGUGUUCGUGGUGCCGCACUCUCACAACGACCCAGGCUGGAUCAAGACCUUUGACAAGUACUACACGGAGCAGACCCAGCACAUCCUCAACAGCAUGGUGUCCAAGCUGCAGGAGGACCCCCGGCGGCGCUUCCUCUGGGCCGAAGUCUCCUUCUUCGCCAAGUGGUGGGACAACAUCAGUGCCCAAAAGAAAGCAGCUGUCCGAAGGCUGGUGGGAAAUGGACAGCUGGAGAUCGUGACAGGAGGCUGGGUGAUGCCAGAUGAGGCCAAUUCUCAUUACUUUGCACUGAUCGACCAGCUCAUUGAGGGGCACCAGUGGCUGGAGAAAAACCUCGGAGCAACCCCGCGCUCUGGCUGGGCCGUGGACCCCUUCGGAUACAGCCCCACUGUUCCUUACCUGCUGCGCCGUGCCAACCUGACCAGCAUGCUGAUUCAGAGAGUGCACUAUGCCAUCAAGAAGCACUUUGCUUCCACGCAUAGCCUGGAGUUCAUGUGGAGACAGACCUGGGACCCAGACUCCAGCACAGACAUCUUCUGCCACAUGAUGCCCUUCUACAGCUACGACGUGCCCCACACCUGUGGCCCGGAUCCCAAGAUCUGCUGUCAGUUUGAUUUCAAACGCUUGCCUGGUGGGCGCAUCAACUGCCCCUGGAAGGUGCCGCCCCGGGCGAUCACAGAGGCGAACGUGGCCGAGAGGGCAGCGCUGCUCCUGGACCAGUACCGGAAGAAGUCUCGGCUGUUCCGAAGCAACGUCCUCCUGGUGCCGCUGGGGGACGACUUCCGAUAUGACAAGCCCCAGGAGUGGGACGCCCAGUUCUUGAACUACCAGAGGCUCUUCGACUUCCUCAACAGCAAACCUGACCUCCACGUGCAGGCCCAGUUUGGCACCCUCUCUGACUAUUUUGAUGCUCUGUACAAGAGGACAGGGGUGGAGCCGGGGGCCCGGCCUCCAGGGUUUCCCGUGCUGAGCGGGGAUUUCUUCUCCUACGCCGACCGUGAGGACCAUUACUGGACGGGCUAUUUCACUUCCCGGCCCUUCUACAAGAGCUUGGACCGUGUCCUGGAGGCCCACCUGCGGGGGGCGGAGAUCCUGUACAGCCUGGCUGCAGCCCACGCCCGCCGCGCUGGACUGGCUAGCCAGUACCCGCUCUCCAACUUCGCCCUUCUGACGGAAGCCCGGCGCACCCUGGGGCUCUUCCAGCACCACGACGCCAUCACCGGAACCGCCAAGGAGGCGGUCGUGGCCGACUAUGGCGUCAGGCUCCUGCGCUCCCUCGUCAGCCUGAAGCAGGUCAUCAUCAAUGCAGCACACUACCUGGUGCUGGGGGAUAAGGAGACCUACCACUUCGACCCUGAAGCCCCCUUUCUCCAAAUGGACGACACCCGCCUGACUCACGACGCCCUCCCGGAGCGCACAGUUAUCCAGCUGGACUCCUCGCCCAGGUAUGUGGUGCUGUUCAACCCGCUGGAGCAGGAGCGGUUCAGCGUGGUGUCCCUGCUGGUCAGCUCGCCCCGCGUGCGUGUCCUUUCUGAGGAGGGCCAGCCGCUGGCCGUGCAGAUCGGCGCGCACUGGAGCUCUGCCACCGACGUGGUCCCCGACGUCUACCAGGUGUCCGUGCCCAUCCGCCUGCCAGCCCUUGGCCUUGGCGUGCUGCAGCUGCAGCUGGGCCUGGACGGGCACCGCACACUGCCCUCCUCCGUGCGCGUCUACCUGCAUGGCCGGCGGCUCUCCAUCAGCAGACAGGACGCCUUUCCUCUGCGUGUUAUCGACUCUGGCACCAGCGACUUUGCCCUCAGCAACCGCUACAUGCAGGUCUGGUUCUCAGGCCUUACCGGGCUCCUCAAGAGCAUCCGAAGGGUGGACGAGGAGCAGGAGCAGCGGGUGGACAUGGAGUUCCUCAUUUACGGCACCCGCGCGUCCAAAGACAAGAGUGGAGCCUACCUCUUCCUGCCUGAUGGGGAGGCCCAGCCCUACGUCCCCAGGGAGCCCCCUGUGCUGCGUGUCACCGAGGGCCCUUUCUUCUCGGAGGUGGUCGCCUACUACGAGCAUGUUCGCCAGGCGGUGCGGCUCUAUAACCUGCCAGGGGUGGAGGGGCUGUCCCUGGACAUGUCAUCCCUGGUGGACAUCCGGGACUACAUCAACAAGGAGCUGGCCCUGCGCAUCCACACGGACAUUGGCAGCCAGGGCGCCUUCUUCACGGACCUCAACGGCUUUCAGGUGCAGCCCCGGCGCUAUCUGAAGAAGCUACCCCUGCAGGCCAACUUCUACCCCAUGCCAGUCAUGGCCUACAUCCAGGAUGCCCAGAACCGCCUCACCCUGCAUACAGCGCAGGCCUUGGGUGUCUCCAGCCUGCACGAUGGCCAGCUGGAGGUGAUCCUGGACCGUCGGCUGAUGCAGGAUGACAACCGGGGUCUGGGUCAGGGGCUCAAGGACAACAAAAGAACCUGCAACCAUUUCCGCCUCCUGUUGGAACGGCGAACCCUGGGCAGCGAGCCUGGCUUUUUCUCCAAACUGGCAGCCAUGUUUAGGGGCUUGAUCUUUCCCAGCAGCAGGAGCAGUAACCGAGAGGUCCAGGAUGGCCGCACUACCAGUUACCCGUCCCUCCUCAGCCACCUGACCUCCACCUACCUGAACACCCCAGUGCUCGCCCUGCCUGUAGCCAAGAGGCAGCUCCCCGGCCCCGGUCUGCGCUCAUUUCGUCCCCUGGCGUCCUCCCUGCCCUGUGAUUUCCACCUGCUUAACCUGCGGACGCUGCAGGCCGAGGAUGAUGCCUUGCCCUCGGCGGAGACCGCGCUCCUCUUACACCGCAAGGGUUUCGACUGUGGCCUUGAGGCCAAGAACUUGGGCUUCAACUGCACCACGAGCCAAGGCAAGGUGGCCCUGGGGAGCCUUUUCCACGGCCUGGAUGUGGCUUUCCUGCAGCCGACCUCCCUGACGUUACUGUACCCUCUGGCCUCGCCCUCCAACAGCACCGACGUCUAUCUGGAGCCCAUGGAGAUUGCCACCUUCCGCCUCCGCUUGGGCUAGCGCUUCUCAUGGCCUGAAGGGAAAGUUCUUCCACAGAGACUGCCUCUUCCAUAAGGUCGGGUUGGACGAGCAGGAAGGGUAUCCUGUCCCGAUCUACCUCUCAGAACUGUGACAGACUGGGCUCUGCCCUCGUUUUCUGUUUCUCGUUGCUUCUGUGUUCAGUGGCAACCCCAAGCCCGGCGUUGGGUAGACAGGGCAGAUGCCAGUGAGAUCUUGGCCAGAGGGUCCGUGGUCAGAGUGGGCGGUGCCAGCCUCUGUUUCGGGUUGUGAGCAGCACCCAGUUGAGCACAGGGUCAAGCACCCACCCUUCUCCCAAAAUGGGGUGGAGGAGAAGCAGGGUCAGAAAAGGAAGGGAAGGCUGAGUGAGUAGGGACCCAGUGCCAGGUCACUGGAGGUGAGAGCUGACUCUGGUGAGGGUCCUCUGGUUAUGUAGGGACUGGAUGUCCCGAUGUGACCAGCAGGAACUGAGUGACAGCUGGGAGGAGGGGUGGGGACCCAGAGUUAGCAGAGGGGAGGAGGAGGUGGAAUCUUUGCUUUCUGUGACGCCUCCACUGUGAGGGCUCCCCGGCCUGCACGCCCCGGCCAGGGGCUGUGGUGUGGCAGAAGGGCCUCCCUAGAGACCGUCUCAUGGCUAGAGAUCAUAGCACGCUUCAGAUAUCAAAGCCCCCAUCUGAUCCUGGGUGCCCGGACUGUGUGGUGAUGUGUGGGGCGGUGGCAGGGACAUGGGGGCGUCCACCAUCCUCGCUGACCCCUCUUUGCUUCCUGUACUCUGUACGCCACUGUCCACCGGAGUCCCGCCCGGGGGCAUCUGGUCUGGCAUACUUCCUUUCCCUGGAAAGAACAAGGAGCCUCCAGGCCCCCAUGAGCGUGAGCCAUUUGGGAAGGCUUUCCACCCCAUCCCUGCAGCCAGGCCCCGAAGCUUCCGCCGCGGUACGUUCUGCUGCAGAGCAUUCGAGUCCUGGCACAGGGAUUCAGGACACGUAGAGUGAACCAGGAGGCAGUAGGCCUGCUCAGCAGCCUUCUUCAGCUUCGAGGAAUAGAGCAAAGGUUUUGGUGGUCUCUAUAGGUGCCGAAGCAAUAUUUAAAGUUUUAAAUCUUUCCCUUCUUAAAAAUCUCAGUAAGUUAAGAUACAAAGAAACUUCUAAUCUAGGUAAAAUCUGUGUCAGAAACCAGCCGAUCAUGACAUUUGAAAGAGUCAGACACCCCAGACAUUCCCAUAAAAGUCAGAAAUUAGCCAAGGAUGUGCUAUUAUUUAGCAGGGUCCUGGCACCGUAAUCCCACAGGAGAGCAGGCGAAGGAGAGGAAGUCACCAUUGUCUUUAUUGGAGACACUAGAACGCAACCUGUAGAAUCCAAGAGAAUCGGCUGGAGAGCUGGUGCGGCCAUUCCGUGGGUGGGUACCAGGGGUAGACCUCAUGCUCCUGUAAGGACUGCGGGUCUCUCCGAGGCCGCCCCUAAAUUCAGUGUAUUCCAGUGGGAUUGGAUACCUUUGGAAUUUUGAUGAGUCCUAAAGUUCAUUUAGAAGAGUAAAUACGUGAGAAUACUAACAAAUUCGGAAUGGUGGUGAGUCGGGGGCAGGGGGCCACCAAGGGGGGGAAGGGCACGUGUCCUGUGACAUUGCCCCAGGGACUAGCAGGUGGCCACGUGUGGUCCGUGUGACCUGGUGUGGAAUCGGACAGACCGACUGAUGGAACCAAAGUCAGAGUCCAGAAGGAGACCCAGGUAGACGGGAAUUUAGUGGGAUAAAAGGAUUAUUUGAAGUGGGGAAAAGACGGACUGCUUUAAAUAGUUACUUUUAAGACACUGGCUGUCAAAGUAAGAGAUCUGUAGCGCACGGUCUCCACAAAAAUUAGUCCCAGAGAGAAGAAAUGAAAAAAUUAAACUACAAAAAUCACUGAAGAAAAUACAGGGUAUUAUUAUACUUGUGGUGUGGAGUACUCUGUUCUAAACAGACGCAAAACCUGGAAGAUGUGACAAGGGAAAAGAUUAAACAGAUUUUAUUACCAAAAAA